GUAGAAUAAAAAUGAAGCCAGAGACGGCGACACUAAUUCUGGUGAACCUUGCAGGGAUAAUGGAAAGAGCAGACGAGUCACUGCUACCUGGAGUGUACAAAGAAGUUGGGGAAGCACUGCACACGGACCCAACUGGCCUCGGGUCGCUGACACUGUUCCGGUCUCUGGUUCAGUCUCUAUGUUACCCUCUCGCCAUUUACAUGUCCGUGCGUCACAAUCGAGCCCAUGUCAUAGCUUAUGGGGCGUUUCUCUGGGCUGCCGCUACUUUCCUCGUGGCUUUCUCCUCCACCUUCUCUCAGGUGGCAGUAUCAAGAGCUUUGAAUGGGGUUGGCCUUGCCAUAGUUGCACCUGCAAUUCAGUCCCUUGUAGCUGAUUCUACUGAUGACAAUCACCGUGGUAUGGCUUUUGGAUGGCUGCAGCUGACCAGCAACCUUGGCUCAAUCAUUGGAGGACUCUUUUCUUUGUUGUUAGCUCCAACCACAUUUAUGGGUAUUUCCGGUUGGAGAGUUUCCUUUCAUCUUGUUGGAAUUAUCAGCGUUAUCGUGGGUAUUUUAGUUCGACUCUUUGCCAAUGAUCCACACUUUCCCGGUGGUGGUGUGAAAGCUCGCACUCAAGUUGCACGCAAAUCCUUUUGGUCAGAAGUGAAAGACCUGGUUCAUGAAGCAAAAUCCGUUAUGAAGAUUCAGUCCUUCCAGAUUAUUGUGACUCAGGGUGUCACUGGUUCAUUCCCCUGGUCAGCUUUGUCAUUUGCACCCAUGUGGCUAGAGCUUACUGGAUUCUCGCAUCAGAAGACGGCCUUCCUGAUAGGCUUGUUUGUCAUCGCUGCUUCACUUGGAGCACUGUUUGGAGGUUGGAUGGGGGAUGAUCUAUCCAAGCGUUUACCAAAUUCUGGCAGGAUAAUUCUGUCACAGAUAAGCUCUGCGUCGGCCAUCCCUCUUGCGGCAAUACUUUUGUUGACUUUACCCAGUGAUCCGUCCACAAUGUUCAUGCAUGUUUUGUUCUUGUUCAUUACGGGGUUUUGCAUAUCCUGGAAUGCUCCAGCUACAAACAAUCCAAUUUUUGCAGAGAUUGUCCCUGAAAAAUCCCGUACAAGUAUCUACGCUUUGGAUAGAUCGUUUGAGUCCGUAUUAUCAUCAUUCGCUCCCCCUGUAGUUGGAGUUCUGGCUCAGAAUAUUUAUGGCUUUAAACCAGUUCCUGAAGGAACUGGAGGUAUUGGAACAGACAGACAGAAUGCCACAUCACUGGCAAAAGCACUUUACACAGCAAUAGGAAUACCAAUGGCGCUUUGCUGCUUUAUCUACUCUUUCCUCUAUUGCACCUACCCAAGAGAUAGGGAGCGGGCACGUAUGGAAGCUCUCAGAGAAUCAGAGAUGCAACUAACUGAGUUGGACUUGUCCCCCACAAGAGGACAAUAUUCGCUAGUUCACUUUACUGCAACAGAAGAGGAUAGACCCAUUGUGGAAAUGAAUAAUGGGGAAAAUGGACUUGAGUUUGUUGACAGUGAUGGGAAGCCGGUACUUCAUCGCCGGCCGACAUUCUCCCACUUAGGUGAAUAGUAGUCCUGAC